UCCAGUCCCGGAAGAAGGAAGAGGUUUCUCAAAAGGGAAAACAGUCUGUUGACAGCAGAAAUCACACCCAGGCCACUGAAAAGUUUUGACACAUGUUCUGUCUUAUUAAAUCCGUCUAGCGUCACAUUUGGACUGAGCGGGAGCUCUCAAGGUACUCUACGGUUGAAUGAGCGUCCACAGAUAGUCGGUGCUUGGCGUGUCAUGUGCAGUUAAUUUGUGACUCUGAACUCUUUCAGGUUAUGGAACAUGGCAGCAACUGAAACGCAGUUUAUGUUAAGCGUCGGAUUAAUCGAGAAAGAUGUGAAUGGAGACACACUGUGGGUGUGGUGCUUUCCCUCUGUGGGCUCAGACCUGAGGAAAGUCCUGCUCAGCAAGUGCUGUCUGACUCAGGACGGCCGGGAUUUCCACACCUUUGUGUUUGGUCAGUUCUGUCGCACCUGGUACUACAUCACAACCGUGGAGGUGCAGGAACCUACAGCACUAAACAAGGUGACUCAUUUUUCAAUAGUUGUUACAGCAAAAGACUUCAACCCUGAGAAGUAUGCUGCACUCAGUAGAAUACUCUGCAGGAUGUACAUCAAACAUGGCAGUCCAGUGAAGAUGAUGGAGGCGUAUGUCACUGUCCUCACUAAAGGAAUUUGCCAGAGUGAUGAAAACGGCUCGUUUCUAAUUAAGGAUUAUGAUGUUCGGAAUGCGUACUUGGCUGGUUCAGUCAAAGAUGUGGUGUCCCAGUUUGGUAUGGAGACCAUCAUCCUGUAUACCGCUCUCAUGCUGAAGAAGAGAAUCAUCGUCCAUCACCCUCGGAUUGAAGUGUUGUUGGAGUUUACGAGAGUUCUGCCGACUCUGACGUGGCACAGGAAAGACUGGUCCAUCCUGCACCCGUACGUGCACCUGACUGAUACUGAAGUAGAGGAUCUCAAGAAAUGCCCCGGCUAUGUAGCAGGUUUUGUAGAUCCGGAGGUGAGCAACAGAUCGGAUUUGUUUGAUGUGUAUGUGAACCUCCCAGACGGCGUCAUCACGGUAUCCCAGAGUGCCAAAGAGUCCAUGGCGAUGGGGAAGUUGCACAAGGACAUCGGCCACCUUAUUGUCCAGUCUGCAGAGGAUGCUGAGCGGUCCGAUAGUCAGGUCAUCAAGGAUAUUUCUGUCAAGACCAAAGAGAUCCUUGCCAACUUGGUGGCCCUGGCUGACAAAUGUGAAGACUGUAAAAUCACACUGGAAGGUUUAAAGCUGCAUCAUUUCCCUCCGGCAACGGAGAACUUCCUCUUUCAUUUGGCAGCUGCCGAGCAGCUCUUACGGAUAUGAACCUGUUUCCAGACACCGUGCUGCAGGAGGACGUUGCUGUAUGGACUCCAGCUGUGUUGCUCUGUGUAUGUUGGGAUGAUUACUGUUGUCUGGAAGGCUUGUGCACCCUCUCACCACUUUCAUGAGUGUGUGCUCGAGGCACUUUCUCACAGUAAUCUUCACGUGGGGUUGGAAUCUUGAGCUCUAUUUUUUGUCUUAAAAAAAACAAUGAGCCACACUGCUGCACCGGCUGACAUGUUGCUUCAUUCCAUGGCCACUGUGGGUCAUUGAGUCAGUUCUGCUGCCAUCAAUUCUCACAGCAGCAACAAAUGUGUAUUAAUCCGCAGCUGAAAAUAGUACCCAGCAAAUGCACUGUUGGAGAUUACGUUUGUGAAAAAUGACUGCCCAGCUGUUUUUAGAAAUGAAAGUAUAUAUUAGUGUUUUGUCUUUUAAGUCUAGCCACAGACAGACAGACAGACAGACUAACUUGCUGUUGAUUGGAGUCUUUUCAUUGGAUUUGGUGACAGUCAGAGAAAUAUCCGAUGAUGCGAGCUUUGUCCUUUAACAUCAGGCGACAGUAUUUGUCUCUCACUGUGAAAUGGAGACAAAUAAGCUGGUACUUUUUCAGCUGCUACAUCUCAGUGCUUUCCAGAUGUAAGCUCCCACUCCACUUACAUCAGACAUACAGAUGUCCACCCCACCAAUAUAUAUAUAUACACACAGCAACAGCAGCUGAAAUGACUCAGAUGUAACGAGCAGCUGUUAUUAAUGAGAUUGUCGAUAGAAACUGCAUCAUACGUGGUUAUCGGAUCACAACUGCAAGAGACACAAGGUGUGUUUUUUUUUAACAAAGUCUUGUUUUGUAUUUUACUAAAGACUUAAAUAAAAGGAUGUAAGUUGUAAGAGGCUUUUUCAAACUGUUUUAUAAAAAGGUGAUGGAUACAAAAAAAGCUGUUCAUCAAUCUAAUCAAACAAUAAUCGGUGCUUCCAUGUCCACGUUGAUUUAGAUUUUUAUUGUCGUACUGUUUAUUAAUUGAUGUGUAAUUAGCGCUGUUUUGCAGCAGAGUACAUUUUCAACCACAUUGCCAAACGGAUGGUUUUGAGCCUCAGUAUUUCAGAUAAGACCGAGUGCAAUACAUAGCCGAUGUAAUGUAAUAUGUAACUUUGAAAACUAAAUGUAUUUUCAUGAAUUGAUGUAAUAUUUUGUAUCUAUGGAAACAUGUAAUAUUCCAGCUAAUUAAAUUGACUAUCAA